AUGGCUCAUGUGAAGAUGGACUCACAGCUCACACCACAACUCGCAGCCUCCUCCACGGCCAGGCCGAUUCACUCCGCUCUUCCAAUAGAGGUGCUUCAUUUGAUAUGCGGACAUCUGCCCAAUAGCGACAUCAAGAACCUGCGUCUCACGUCCUCGUUCUUCGCCACCGCAGCGCGCCUGGAUUUCCGCCGCGUCUUCCUGUCCGCGAACUCGAGGAACAUCGAGGUAUUUCUAGCCGUAGCAAACCACAACGUCUUCCGCACUCAGGUUGUUGAGAUCAUCUACGACGAUGCCCUCCUGCCUGCAACCGACACUCUGUGGCAUGGCGGCAUGUGGCUAGGUCCGAGCAAACUACUCGAGGAUCAGUGUGCUAAAGGCCUGCCGCCUCGUUGGAUCCGUCAAGCUUGCAGAAACGACUUGGAGGCGCUCAUUGAGGCGAGUGAAGACGAGCGCCGACACAAAUUGGAAGAUUACCUUUCGCAAGAUUGGACCUGGCAGAAGCUGAGAACGUACAACUGGGAGAUGACGCUGCCCUACUACUUCCAACUCCUCCGAGACCAGGAAGCAGUUCUCGACGACGAAUCGUACGUGAAGGCACUGCGACUUGGUCUUGCGCAAUUCCCUGCGCUUCGUAAAAUCACCGUCACGGCCGCUACGCACGGUCGGCUAUUCAAUCCGCUCUAUCACACGCCAAUGAUCAGGCGGUUCCCCCGGCUGUUCCAGUAUCCAAUCCCUCAUGGAUGGCUCAGGCGCUGUGAGGAUGUCAGAACUUACCACAACUGGGCCACUUCAAAAGAAGGUUGGAAUGGGUUUUGUACUGUUAUCGAAGCUUUGGCAGAGAAUCUUGACGGCGGAAGAGUUACGGAGCUAUCCAUCGAUGCUCGUCUGGAAGAUUCCGGAAUAGAUGUCAGUUUCCUCAAGACCGAGACCAAAAUCUUCAAGCAGUUUGAGACUCUUCUCGCGAGAAAAGACUUCGCAAGCUUGAAGCUCGAUCUGUCCGGCCUUAGCGAGGACUUUUCUGACGCUGAGGUUUCGGGCCGAUGGGGUAAUAUGAGCAAUGGUCUUCUGCUCCGUGCACUUUCUGGCGCUCGAGAUUUGAGGCAUCUCAGUCUUUCGACCAGCGAGGGCUGGGCCCCGGGAUUUGGGACUCAACCCCCAACAACGCCAGUGCCGCUCAGAAGCAUGAUUCCCAAGGACUGUUCUGCGCGACUCCAGCACUUGACACUCCGAAGCUUCUGGGUUGAAGAGAGCGAUCUCGUGCCUUUUCUCAGUGAGUUGCCAGAGGAGCUAGAAAUGCUUGAAUUGAGCUAUCUCAAUUUCUCUCAGGGAAGCUAUCGAGGGACACUUGAGCAGAUGAGAGAUGUAAUGGGUUGGCAAAACAGAGAAAGAAGGAUUCAGAUCAACAUUAGCAUCCAUGGAGUUGAGGUAUCCCUUGCGCCAGUUUUUGGGAAAUCAAUAUGCAUUAAUGAGGAGGUACAUGCAUUCAUCUAUGAGAACGGACCAAAUCCUUUCUCGGGGAAAGAACCAAAACCAAACGCUACAUUUCGCAAUUUGUUGGAGGACGGGGUAGGGAUAAUCACUGACGCUUUUGAUUCCCAAAUUCCUCCCUUUGAAUAA